UGUCGUUACAUCGGAGUUGUAGAAUCAUCAUUCAGGAGUAUCGUUUGAAUCGAGAAUAUGAGAAACGAAGAGAAAGAUUAUGGCUGCUCAAGGAAUCCCUGCCCACGAAAAAAAAGGACAAUCAGCGUCUAAGAAGCAGAGAGACGAAAAACAAGAAGGAGCAUCAAAAGCUAACAUAAAGGAAAUAUGGAUAAAUAAAAGAAGCCCUCUCUUCACUCUCACAGAGCGGCAUACAUAGAAAGAGCGCAGACACACACCAACACGCCAGCACACAUAAAGAGUUAGAGAGGGACGGGGCGCACAUAAAGGAAAUAUGAUUGAGCUUGAGCCAACGAAAAAAAAGGGAAGAGCCCAUCGCCGCCGCCGAAGUCGACGCCGACGCCGACAUCCUAUGCUCCGCCUAAAGUUGUCAUAAUUUCCGAUGCGUUUUAUUUAUACGUCGCUCGCUGCUCGCUGCGCAGCAGAGAUAAAAAAAGCGACCCGAAGACGAUUUUCCGUUUUAUUUUUUCUUGUUUUGUGCCUCCCCUGCCCAUCCUCUGCCGACUGCAGACAGCGAGAGGCCGAGUUGGUGUUGGGCCCUUAAAAGAGAGCACACACACACACGCAGCCACUCGCAUAGAGCGACAGAGAGAGAGAGUGAUUUAUGGCUCUCCCAAAACACUCCCCAUAAAUGGCUGCCUGGCGUGAGUGAGAAGAGCACCGCUAUAGACCCUCUACCAUGUAACAGCUCUGUUAGCUGUUAUCAGCGUUAACAUAAAAGUCUUAUACGGCAUUUCCCCAACUGUUAAGGGGUUCUGCACGCUCUCUUGCCACCAGCAGAUACACGCCGUGGCUCUCUCUCUCUCUCUCGCGCGCGCUGUGCCUCUCUCUGUGUGACGGCAUUCGUGGCGCGAAGCUUUCGCACUGUGAAUGCGGCGCCGCCACCGAAUCGGAAUCGCAUGAAUGCCCCAUCGCCGUCGCCCGGCUCCUGCGUGCGAACGCAGCCAUCGUGGGGACCACUUCGCUCCAGCUCGCACUCGCAGGACACUGCGCGCCGUCGUCCGUGGUCCGUCGUCGUCAUCGCCAUCGCCAUCGCCAUCGCCAUCGUCGUCGUCGUCGUAAUCGCAAGUGCGCGCCUCUGCUGCUGCUGCUUGCUGCUUGCCGCUGCUGCGGCCGUGGUGCCACCGUUAAGGACAUUCUGACGUCGACGUCGCCUGGCUCUGGUUCUGCCUCUCCGUUGCCGUUGUUACCGUUACCUUUCGGCCGCCAGAGCGGCUCUCCAGUGGCGCCCGCCCGCGUUCAGUCGACGUUUAGCCAGCCCCAAAAGCCAGUUGGCAGUACCAGCGACCAGUUGGCAGCUCCUUGGCCACAAAUUCUAUUCAGACCAAAAAAACAGUUAACCGUUAACGGUUAACACGGUGUGCCUGCCGCCCCGUGUGUGUGUUUUUAUCACCGCCGUCGUCUCGUCAGUCGCCGCUGUCGCAGUCGCUACGACGCUGCUUACGCAUAUUUCAGCCUCCUUCCUGUGUGUGCGUACGGUACGUCGUGUACGUGUACGUGUACGUGUCCGUGUGCGUGUGCGUGUGUGGGGGCGGGGGGCAUGUGUGUGUGCGGGCAGGGGCGUGGGCAGAGCGGGAACGGGGCCGCACUCCUAAACGGAGACGGAGUCGCUUUUUGCGGUCGCGCGUGUUUAAUUAAUCAUAAAAUUCACAUCAAAAUGCAAAAGCAACAACGAAAGUAACUCAAAGGAAACCAGAAGAGCAGAGCAGAGCGAAGAAGUAGAAAAAAAAACAAAGCAAGAGAGAGAUACAGAGAGAGAGGGCUAACAAAAUGUGCAAUAAACUUGAUUUUCGUAUUAAAACAACAAUUUUUUGAAUACUUAUAAAUCCUGUGUGAAACAAUCGCAUCAUCUUUGCGAUUGCCGUCGGCAAGAUACAUACGACAAAAGGAGAUACUUUCCAGAGAUGAACCCCCAAAGCGGAUAGCCUGGAAUCCUUCAAGGAAGAAGGAGUCAAAUCCCCCAGCAAAGGGUCCAGUCCAUGAGCAGCGCUAGAAAUCGCGGCAGCAAUCGUGAUCAGGAGGUGGAACGCUUCCGAUCGAGCGAGGAUAAUGUGUUCAAUAUUUCGCAAUCGCAUCAAUUAUCGGGGCGGCACAGGCACCAGGAACGGCUCAGCCGGCGGCGAUAGGGACAGGGACAAGGAGCGGGAGAGGGAGAGGGAGAAUCUCCUUGCCAAGGAGCUGGAUGCGGACAGCAACAACAAUGGCGGGAUCGAGGCGGCGGCCCCUGAUGCCGAGCCCGAACCGGAGGCCGAACCCGAGCCCGAGCCCGAACCCGAGACGGAUCGGGAGCCAGAGAUGGACGAGGCCCCGGAGUCGCCGGAGCCGGAGAACAGCAACGAGGCGCUGGAUCUGUCGGUGAUCUCGGCCAGCAGUCGACUGCCCACAAGCGGUCACGUGGCCCUGGAAGCUUUACAACAUACCAAAGUGGCGGUGGCCCAGUUCGCGGCCACUGCUCUGGCGGGGGUGGCGGCGGGGAACCAGCGGCCCGCCGACCUGGCCAUGGUGCAGUCCACGAUCUUCAACGUGCAGCGGCAGCACCUGAUGCAGCUGCAGCUCAUCCAGCAUCUACAGAGUCAAUUGAAGCGGGCCGAGGCAGCGGCCCUGGGCAGGCAGGAGGAGCCGCCCGACGAGGAGGAGGAUGAGCAGGAGCAGGAGCCGGAUCAGGAGCGGGAGGAGGCCACACCAGACCCCAGCAAUGGCAUGCGGGAGCUGGAGGAGCACGAGCUGCGGCGCGAGGAGAGUUCAAAGACUGAAAAGAGAGAGGAGGAGAUCGAGAGGGACAGGGAGAAUGAGAAGGAGCCAAGUCGGUGUCAGAUCAUGGCCCAGAAGGACCCCUCACCGGAGGCCGAGCCCGGAGCUGGCUCCGACUACCUGAUGUGCGACAUCAGCUCGAGCCUGGCCUCGAGCAUCAUCACCAACCACGAUCCGCCGCCGGCCCCCAACGAGCCCAACUGCCUGGAGAUGCUACAGCGGCGCACCGAGGAGGUCCUGGACUCGGCCUCCCAGAGCCUGCACGCCGCCCAGAUGCAGGAGGAGUACUCGGAGUACGCCUCCAAGGAGGCCCAGAGCCGCGGCGAGAUCUUCAAGCACCGCUGCAAGUACUGCGGCAAGAUCUUCGGCAGCUACUCGGCCCUGCAGAUCCACCUGCGGUCGCACACCGGCGAGCGGCCCUUCCACUGCAACGUCUGCGGCAGCAAGUUCACCACGAAGGGCAACCUCAAGGUCCACUACCAGCGGCACACGCAGAUCUUUCCGCCCAUGCUGAUGCCCCCCGUGGUGGCGGCCUCGAACGGUGGACAGCCCCAGCCCGCAGGACCCCAGCCGGGGUCCGCCGCGACGGAACAGUUUGCCGCCCUCAAUCCCAUCCGCCUGCCCUUUGUGCCGCCGCCGCCGCCGAGCGGACAGGAGCCGAGUCCUCUGCAGCAGCUGGAGGAGAUGGAGGAGAACCGCUUGGAGCAGCAGCAGCAGCAGCCCCAGCAGGCGGAGGAUCUCAGCAAGCCAGGACCAAAGGAGAAGGAGAAGCCGAAGGAGAAGGAGAAGCCGAAGGAAAAGGAGAAGUCCCACUCCCCCGUGGAGCGGGCCAAGACCCCCAAAGUCGUGACACCAGACAUCAGACCCGAGUCCGUGCCGGAGAAGACCGAGAAGGAAGCCCCCAAACCAGUGGUGCCAUCGCGGCGCAAUGGCAGUGUCCGGAAGCGGCAGGCGAGCAGCGCCGGCAGUCCGCCCAGCGAGGAUCGGGAGCGGGAUCGGGAACGCGACCUGGCCGAGCACAUGCACAUCGCCAAGCUGGUGAGACGCUCCUCCUCGACGAGUAGGGAGGCGCCCGGCGAGUACUCGCUCGCCCAGAUGGAGCGCAUCAUCGACAAGUCGUGGGAGGAUCUGAUCGAGAUCGACAAGACCUCGGAGACGUCGAAGCUGCAGCAGCUGGUGGACAACAUCGAGAACAAGCUGACCGACCCGAACCAGUGCAUCUUCUGCCAGAAGGUGAUGUCCUGCCGCAGCUCCCUGCAAAUGCACAUCCGCACCCACACCGGCGAGCGGCCCUUCCGCUGCAAGAUCUGCGGACGGGCCUUCGCCACCAAGGGCAACCUGAAGGCGCACAUGAGCAUCCACAAGAUCAAGCCGCCGAUGCGCAGCCAGUUCAAGUGCCCCGUGUGCCACCAGAAGUUCUCCAACGGCAUCAUCCUGCAGCAGCAUAUCCGCAUCCACACCAUGGACGACGGCAGUGGCCAGCCGGCUGCGCCCCAGGGCGAUGCCGAGCGCCUGGGCAUCGAGGAUCAGAACUCGAACAAGUCCUUGGGCACGUCGGACACCCUGGACUUCUCCACCACCAUCUCGGAUCACUCGGGACAGCGGUCGGAGUCGUCGCAGGGCGGGGAUUUUGAUGAGUUUAUGACGAUGGACAGCACGGAUGAUUCCAGGGACAACUCCAGUGCCGCCACAGCCACGCCUCUGCCCUUGGAUAGGGAGAGGGACAGGGAUAGGGAGCGGGAGCGGGAGAGGAGACCCCCCAAUGAUGGCUCCGAUGAACGCUCUAGAUCCGAUCUGGACAUGACUGGAGGGGGACGCAGCGAGAGCGGAGAAAUGCCCGCCAUGGAUCUCUCCUCGCCAUCAUCGGCCUCCGCGCGGCUCUUCAAUGGCGUGGCAGGCGCACCAGGCGCUGGAGCUGGAGCUGGGGCUGGGGCUGGGGCUGGUCUGCCCAUGCUCGGUAUGCCCAUGCCCCCGAAUCUUCUGCUGAUGGCGGCAGCCCGCGAGGAGAUGCACGCCCUGGGCCAGGCCCAUGCCAAAUUUCCCCUGCUGCCGUUCGGCCCCCUAGGAUUUAUGGGCCUCCAUCCGCCCCCGAAUGUGUGCAAUCUGUGCUUCAAGAUGCUGCCCAGCCUGGCCGCCCUGGAGAGCCAUCUGCAGAGCGAACAUGCCAAAGAAGUCACGGCUCCGCAGACCCACUCCCGAUCGCACUGCAAUGACCCCGGAUCGCCCUACGGGGCCAAGCUCACCCUCAAUCCGAAUCUGUUUGCAAAGAAGCCGCCGCCGGUGCCGCCGCCGCCCCAGUCGGGCGACAAGUUGCCCGACCCCGUGGUCGCCUCCCAGCCCCUGGAGGCGACGCCCAUCAAAGAGGAGCCCGAGCAGGACCAGCUCUUGGGCGAAGAGGCUGGGGCCGGCGAGGGAGGAGCACCGGGCAGCUAUCCCCAGGUUGCCAUCGAUGCCGAACAGUCGCUGAUGAAGAUGCAGUUGCAUGCCCAUCGGUUCCCGGCCAGUCCGCUGGACUUCCAGCAGGCCCUGAUGUCCGCCGGGCCGCCGACCUCCAGCCUGGACCCGCCCGUGAACAACAAGCACUUCUGCCACGUCUGCCGGCGCAACUUCAGCUCCAGCUCGGCCCUCCAGAUCCACAUGCGCACCCACACGGGGGACAAGCCCUUCCAGUGCAAUGUCUGCCAGAAGGCCUUCACAACCAAAGGAAAUCUAAAGGUUCACAUGGGCACUCAUAUGUGGACGAAUCCCACUUCGCGUCGGGGCCGUCGCAUGUCCCUGGAGCUGCCGAUGCGUCCUGGACCGGGUCCUGGGGCCGCACACGGUGGACCCACGGCCGAGCAGGAGUUUAUGCAGCGACGACCCGAGCUCUUUUUUCCCUACCUGCCGCCCUUUUUCAAUGGACUGCCGCCAAAGCCUGGCGAGCUAAGUCCUGGCGCCUUUGCCAACAUACCGCCGCCGCCCUUUGCCAACGGUGGCAAGUAUCCCUAUCCCCCCGGCCUCUUGGGCUUUCCCGGCUUUCUGGGCCAGCAUCCCUACGCCCUGGAGCGUGGCAGCAGCAGCAAGUCCCCCACACCAGAGCCGGUACAGAGCCCCUCGCUGCGCGACGAUGAGCUGGCCGGCAAUAUUUGGCAUCCUCUAAGCCGCAUCAAGAUGGAGCACCACCAGAACCACCUACACGAGCAGGAGGAUCAGGCCGAUGGCGAGGCGGAGGCGGAGGCGGGCGGUGGUGGACUGGAGCCCGAUGAGUCAGAGUCCCGCGAUGCGGACAAGUAGCCGAGCAGCAGGCUCGGUCUUGGUUGGAACACACAUGGUUUUUUGUGGAGUACAUAUCUUGAGCAUAACCCUACGCUAAGCUUCAACUAGCACAGACACACACAGACACACAAAGACACACCCCUACACCCCCCACACAAUAUAUAUAUAUAUACGAGUAUAUCCUUUGUGUCUAUAUACGAUAAUUGAUAGCGAUCUUCAAGGCAUUUAAAUGCAUUAAGUUUAGUCGAUAAGUUGUAAAAAUGUCAGGCACUUGGCUGGAGCUGGAGCUGGAGCCCCCCCCCCCCCCCCCCC